GCGAGAGCAGGGUCAUGCGCGGACCAGCCCUUCUGGUGCGAGUUGGUCGAGUGCAGCGUCUCUGGGACGGCGGAGUUUUGCCCUUGCUCGUGCCUUACAUCCACUGUUACCCGUACUGGCACCACGACAAGCCAGUCUAUGAUGGUCACCACCACGGGUUCUACGGCCUGCGCUGACGAAGCGUGGUGCCAGGUGGCUGAUUGCAGCAUUGCUACAACAGAACAGUUCUGUCCAUGCCGAUGUCCUUUCACUAAGUCGACGACUCUUUCAUCCACCAGCUCAAGUUUAACCGGUACGUCGACGACUGUUUCAUCCACCACGGCCACGACGUCGAUUACCGCGACAUGGACCGUGUCGACAGCCACUAGAGCAACUUCGGUGACAGUCACGAGCACGUCCAUGGCCAUCACCUCAGUCUCGAGCACGUCCUCGGUUGCAGCCCCCUCGGCCAGCGUGUCGGGCACCACGCUGGCAGCGCCCACCGCGGCAUCCACGAGCGCACCCGACAGCACCGCCGGCGCUGCAGGCACGGGCUGGGCCGAGCCCACCCUAGUGUUGCACGGCAUGUUGGCGCUGCAGGUUUCCGGCGACCCGGGGGAGUUCGCGCGCCACCCGAACGUGCUGCCCCCCUUGCGGGAGACGAUAGCGGCCAAGGCAGGCUCCGGCACCCUCCAGGAGGAUGUCGAGGUGUGGGUCACUCAGCCCAGCCAGCGGCUGGCAACCGCGCCCGCUUCGCAGCGUGUUGCCGCGCCGCCACAAGUUGGCAGCAGGCGCGCGAGCAGCAUGGAGGCAUUGCACGUGGUUUUCAACAUCACCAUUGCUGCUGAGGCAGCGGGCGCCAUGCUGGCGCGGCUUGAGGCUGAGUCAGCCGAGUCCUUCGCGGCCGCCUUCAGCGAUCACUUGCAGGCCAGCGAUUUGCACUUCACGGUGGCUGGCGCAGGUGGCUCCAUGAAUUUUUGGGUGAGCGCGGCAGAUGCAGCAGCAGCCGAGCGGCUGGCGGGCGACCAGAAGCAGGCCAGCGCCGUCGCCCUCGCAGCGGCGCUUGGCGCAUCCGCGUCGGCCGUGGGCUGCGCGUGCCUGAUCGUGGUUAGGCUGCGGGGCGCGUGGCGGAAGGCCGUCUUGAAGGACAGAGGGGGCACCUUGGUUGCUGCCUUCGGCAGCCCGAGCAAGCAGCGCGGCACGCGGCACGGGCAGCGCGCAGCUUGCCGCCCGCUCGGAGCGGCGGCGCUGUCGCCGAGCGCCGGCUUGGCGGGUGGAGAUCGCUCGCUCAACGCGGUGGUGCCGGUGCACGUGCCAGACGAGGCGCCGGGUGCAGCGCCCCUGGGUGGGCCGCCACGCGGCGACUCUCUGAAGGCACCAGCCGGGGGAGACGGCCGCCUGGACGCAGACAGCCACCCGUGCUCGCUGGGCGACGGCGCAGCGCCCCCGCGGGGGCCGCCGUGCGGCGAAUCUCCGAAAGCACCCAGCAGCCAGCACAGCAGCGAGAGCACGGGGGACUCCAGCGGAGACGCCGCCCACGAGGUGGACAGCAGCGGAGGGAAUUCCGACGACCCCUGCGACAGCCAUGCGCUGUCUCGCACGCUGGGCUCUGUGCAAACCAGAAGGGGCGACUCUGCAAGCUCCUCCGGCGACAGUGCGCUCGACGGGGAGGGAGGCUGCAGCAGGGCCGACGACCCCCACGCUGGCCAACUUCAGCUGGACCAGGGACACUCCAGCGAUAGCGCCGUGGCAGGCUCGGACUAUCUCGGCGACCCGCCGUGUUGCGUGGCGGUUCCAGGGCCAGCAGGCAGCGGUAGUGCGGCAGACUUAUGCGGCAGCGCGCUGUCUCACAGCGUGGUAGGUGGAAGCGGCAGAAACAGCAGCAGCAGCAGCAGCAGCAGCAGCAGUGACAGUGAUAGCGCCGAUCUCGGCGGCCCAACUCUUGAGCCCCGUGCCACAGCGCGCACGGAGGAGGCCAUCAGCACAUUCAGCGUGUCAGCCGACGUGGUGGCUAAGGGACUGGAGGCUGUUACCCUGGAGAUUCAGGCUCUGAGGGUCGUCGUCGAUGGCUUCUUGGCGCCUCAGGCAGACUUGGCAAACCUGUAG